ACCUCUAUUUUCAUUUCAGAUUGGCAAUAUAUAGCGUGAAAUUUGAGCGGGGGAAUGUCGUAAAAAGAUAGUAUACAUUGAUCCACCAUCGCGUCAAAGAUAUCUUACCCACCAGCAUGCCCAGCAAAAAUCGUAUAAUUAUUUUCUCAUAUACUGUCUCCCCAUUCCAAUGCAUGCCCGGUGAAUUUAUUCCUUACUUGAAAUUUAUUAUUCUGCACAUAAAAUAGCAGAAUACGUGAUCGCUCUGGAAUGAAAGCGAUCUGCUAUUAAGGAGAGAAGACUCGCACGCGCCGUUGUCAGCAGCUAUUCUAAUCGAGGCGCUCUAGAAGCAACGAAAUAUCGCAGAAUGGGAAAUAAAGUACCAUAUCAAAAACUGGAUAUGGCUGCCAGCGAUGACGUCAUACCUCCGGGCGAUCCCGAGAAAGGAGCCGAAAUCUUCCGAGAACACUGUGCCGGUUGCCAUGACAUCGACACGACUGGAGAACAUAGGGCUGGGCCUAAUUUAAUGGCGUUAUGGGGCAGAGAGGCCAACACGAUCGAGGGUUUUGCUUUUGUGGAAUCGGAUGAAAAGAAAGGGAUCAUUUGGAAUGAUAAGACCCUCUUUGACUUCUUGGAGAAGCCUCACAUUCCUGGAACAAAGUUUUUAUUCCGCGAUCUGAAAGGAAAGGACGAGGACAAGGCCAACUUGAUCGCUUACCUCAAGAAAAUGACCGACCCCAAGAACUCGUGAUCAAAUCGAGCUUUGAUCAGCUCAUCAUUGUCAAAUAUUCUGAUGGAUUCGAUCACGUUGACCGACAUCACACGCUUGAAUUAUGAUCGAUGUUAUCGAGCUAGGCAGAGACUAAUCAAGCUUUAAGAGCAGCAGAAUAAAACUAUAACCCAUUCAUUAUUUCAGUGGAUGCCUUUUAAGAUCAAGCCAUGAUCUGUCGCGUUAUUCUAAUUUCCAUGAUUUUUCCCCUUGUUUAUUAACAUGGAAUGGUUUACGUUAUGACAGAGAAAAUUGAAUAAUGUACCGAUAUUUUAUAUGAAUGUUAUUUUUUUUUGAAUUCAUUUGUGUACCCAUGCAAAUUAUAACAUUCCAGCUCUUGGCUGAAGCAUGACUGUGUAUAAUCGUCUUGUUCUGUAUUUCGAGUAUAUGAAAUCAUUUAUGAAUCAAAAUGUUUGGAGAUGAAAAAAAAAUGUUUAUUUUGAACACCGUUAUUGUUACUUUGUAAAUAAGUUUGACAGAAAGCAAACUACGUGUAAAACAAUUUUUUUCUAUGAAUAAAUAUUUUGAGUGUAAAUUGGUAUUG